CGGGCGGCGGGCGGCGAGCGAAGCGACUCGAAGCGUCCGGAGGCGGCGAGCGGGGGGUCGGCGCGGCGGCGUUGGCCGGAGGAGCCGGGCGCGAUGGAGCGGAAGAGGUGGGAGUGCCCGGCGCUCCCGCAGGGCUGGGAGAGGGAAGAAGUGCCCAGAAGGUCGGGGCUGUCGGCCGGCCACAGGGAUGUCUUUUACUAUAGCCCCAGCGGAAAGAAGUUUCGCAGCAAGCCGCAGCUGGCGCGUUACCUGGGCGGCUCCGUGGACCUCAGCACGUUCGACUUCCGCACUGGCAAGAUGCUCCUCAGCAAGGUGACCAAGAGCCGCCAGCGCGUGCGCUACGACUCGGCCAACCAGGUCAAGGGUAAGCCUGACCUGAACACGGCGUUGCCUGUGCGGCAGACAGCGUCUAUCUUCAAGCAGCCGGUGACCAAAAUCACCAACCACCCGAGCAACAAGGUCAAGAGCGACCCGCAGAAGGCCGUGGAACAGCCGCGCCAACUCUUCUGGGAGAAGAAGUUGAGCGGCCUGAACGCCUUCGACAUCGCGGAGGAGCUGGUGAAGACCAUGGACUUGCCCAAGGGCUUGCAGGGGGUGGGGCCCGGCUGCACGGACGAGACGCUGCUGUCGGCCAUCGCCAGCGCCCUGCACACCAGCACCCUGCCUGUCACCGGGCAGCUCUCGGCCGCCGUGGAGAAGAAUCCCGGCGUGUGGCUCAACACCACGCAGCCUCUGUGCAAGGCCUUCAUGGUGACGGAUGAGGACAUCCGGAAGCAGGAAGAACUGGUGCAGCAGGUGCGGAAGCGGCUGGAGGAGGCGCUCAUGGCUGACAUGCUGGCCCACGUGGAGGAGCUGGCCCGCGACGGGGAGGCCCCGCUGGACAAGGCCUGCGGCGACGAGGAUGAGGAGGAGGACGACGAUGACGAGCCGGAGCCAGACCGGGAGAUGGAGCCCGUGUAGGCAGGUGCGGGCGAGCUGGCGUGGCGGGGCUGCCGGUCACUCACGGCCCGUCCCUCUGCAGACCCUGGCCCCGUGCCCAGCUUGCCCCGCAGUGGUCCCGCAGGCCAGACCCUGCCCUGCAGCUCCUGAGAAGACUCACUUCCUGGAGGUGCUGGUGGCCCCGCGUCCUGCCUGACCGGGGCCCAACCAAGGACUGGCCCAGCCAGCGCCCCCACCCCAGGCCAGCCAGUUGUCUCUGGGUCAGGCUGUGUCUGUGCAGAACCCUGCCUGGAACUGUCCUGGGCCUGCCCUCCAGGAAGGGCUGGCCCCAAAGGCCCAGCGAGUGGGCCCCGGGGCUGUUGCCCUCAAUAAACAAUGUCACGGCUGACGCAGGCCGGAUGACGCGUGA